GAUCCGGAGAUGGGAGGGAGAGCGGGGUCGGGGCAGCGCUGCGCGCUCGGACUUAGGGACGGACAUCAGCCCCGGGCUCGCGCUGCAUCGUGCGCACACGCGGGGCUCCCACGGACACGCGUUUGCACGCACUCGUGUGCGUGUGUGCACGAAGGUCGGAGCCGGGAGCUUGGAGCGAAAGCAGAUGCACGGCACACGCGUAGAUCCACAUGCGCUCAUCUACAUGCACCUAUUCACGUGCACGCCGCUCACGCUUGCACAUCCACGCGUGUGCACACAUCCACAGGCACACAGCCGUGCACAGCCGGGAUCCAAGACCAGGGAAGGAUCGGUGCUGGUGUAGCCAAACUGCAGUACUUUUUGCAGCCUCUCCUCGCUGAGGGUUGCCCCGAGGAGUGGUCGCAGAGCAAAUACACAGGAAUUGAUUUAGGCACUCCGGAGAGGAGCCACGGGUGGAAAUGAACCGUGGAUCUCCUGGUGGUGAGGAUCAGGAGGGCCUUUCUGCAGCAGCAGCGCAGUGUGGACCCACACCUCUGCUCCCAAGUAGGUUUGAGUUCCUGCUCAUGAGCAGAAGCUUUGCAUUCGUGGCCGCAGGGCAGAGCAAAGUAAAGCAGGGCACAGAGCGGAGAAGAUGUGAGCGUUCAGAUGCUGGAGGGAAGAGUGAUCCCAGCUGGGAAUACAUUGGGAACGCCGACUGCCAGCGCUGCUCUGCGUGUCAGGGAUCCCUGGGAUGUGUCCUGCCGGACCCCUCACAGUGUGCCUGAGAGCACUGAGCUCCUGGCAGCCCCCGCAUCCCUCCCCGCCUCCACUUUGGCAGGGACUGUUGGAGGAACAAAAGGAAAGGAGCCAAAUUCUGAGUUUGAAUUUGAAUUUGUCCGUGUGAGACGCAGAGCUGGGGGAUUCCCUUCCUCUUCUCUGGGCUGAUGUGCGAGGCGCCUGGCUGCCGUCCCUUCUCCUGCACCCUGCUACCCUGCACUGCUUCACACAGGCAGGAAUUCUCCCAGGAAACCCCCGAGCUCCCCACGCCUCCUCCCCCUCCAAGGUAGCGAAAAGCUGACAUUAGAAAUCCGUUCCCCGUUUUAAAUUUAGACGCCUGCGUGAUCUCGAAUUUGGAUUUACUAAUUAUUCGCAUCUGGUUCCUAUCAAAAAGUUGAGCAAUGCAGAUGUCCUGAUUUCAGCAUCGGCUCGGAGGGGUCGCAUGGAAUUUGCCCUUCGUUGCCUCGUUACACAACGGGGCUGAGUCCCUUCCCAGGCCUGCCCUGAGCACGGUGCCCAUCCACCCCGCAGCAUCGCCUCGCUCCGGUUGGCUGCCGCUCAUUUCCCCGCUGUGGAGAUCAGUCUAAUUAGCAGAGUAAAUCUGGGUAAGGCGAGCUCUGGUAAUUAGUGAUCAGUGGGAUGUUUCCACGCACUUUCUUCGCCUUGAGGGUAAGGAGAGAUGGAGCAGAUGGCCCCGUUUUGGGAGCAGGGAGGGAAGUCGAGGUGAAGGGGUUGGGAUGGGUAAGAGGACAGAGCUGUGUGUCUGCUCACUGCCAUCCCAUGUUCUGUUUCCAAGUGGCAUUGGUGACCACAAUGCCUGCAGGGACACUGGGAACCGAUGAACUGUCACCUCUGGGCCAUGGGCAGAGGGGGAAUGGCCACGUCUGGGGGCUGUGAGUCCUGACAGCACCUCAGGAGGUCACCUAAAGGUGGGACCCCAGCCCAGGGCUGGAGCUGGGACCUUCACUCCAAGCUGUGAUUAUCACAGAAAGCUUCCGCGGGGAAGCUUAAUUAAUGAUGAUUGAUUAAUGGGUGGCCCCAGCAACAGCUGGAGAUGGGGAGCUGGAUUUUGUCACCGUGCUGGGAACGUGUGGGCAGGGUGUAGAGAUUUACUCACAGGAGGGGGACUUCGUGCUGGUGGGAUGGUGAGUGGGGCUGGGGGGUGAGGAGGGAUUUCUUCUGCUCAGAGAGCCCCAGAAAGAUGCAGGGCUGCUUUUGAUCUUUUUGCUGCUGUCUGGACACCUGUGUAGCUAAGGAGAGAGAUUUGGAGGAAGAAGAACAGGGAAGUGGGAGGGAUGUGGCUGUGGGGUGUAGCCAGGCUGGGAGCGAGUUCAUCAAACCAGGACUGCUGGAAUACAAAAAGACAGUUGGCAAAUGGGAGCAGAAGAGCUGGGGUGCUUUGCUGGAGAGCAGCUCUGCCUCGAGACAGCUGGAGGUGAGGAACCAGCAGAGGCUGGGGCCCUGCAGUGCUCUGGGACCUGCAGGUGCUGCUCAGGCACAGCAGCCACGACGAGGGCUGUCAAUGGGAGCUGGGAGGGAGGUGAGGAUGGGAGGAGGGCAGAUCCCAGCGCUGGGGUCAAGGUUAUGCUGAUGUGCGUUGUUUUUAACCAUCGUUUCUCAGAGCAGAUUGCUCUCUCCUCACUUCCACUGCUGGGUGGGAAGCCCCUGGGCUGUGCUGUGCAUCCCUGCACCCAUGGGUCUGUGCCGCCCUGCUGCCCCUUUCUGCACAGAGGGCCUUUGAGGGGAGCUCAGCCUCAUCAGGCUUUGGGACCACAGGAGCUGAGAAGUGAUCUGAGCUGUUUUCAUUGCUGCACGUGGCCAGCAGUGCAGCGCAGGCUCUGGGAGGAUGGCCCUGCUGUGCCCACAGAGGAUGCUCAGGGUCCUGGGGAGGCUGAGAGCGGUGGCAAACUCUCCCUGCAGUCAUUGGGGUGUGUUGGAGAUCUCAUCCAUCCCAGCAGCCUUUAAAUGGGCUUUGCUGGGUGAUGGGGUGAUGGGUUUCAACAUCGGCUCCUGCAAAUCAGGAAAGCAGCAUUAAAGUUGCAGAAGUCAGGAGUUGGAAGUGCCACAGUGUUUCUCAAAAAGAAAUGGGAAAAUGAUGCAUUUUCGGUUUGUUGGUGAUUUCCUGAGCUUCUGCUCCCACCUGGGCCCCUUCCAUCCCUCUUCAUGCCCAUAGGGAACACCUGGGCUGUGCCUGCCAGCCUCCAGGAAGGACCACGGAGAAAGGACAGAUGCGAUGCUUGGCAGAUCCUGAUGUCUCCCACCUGCAAAAGGCAGCAGCAUCUCUCCUCCCCGUGAAGGCACAGGUUGUACCUUCCCCAUUUGCUGAGGGCUCGUGGUGCGUUCCCAGGAGCUGGGGGUGAUGCUGAUUGUAUGCACACUGCCAUCCCCUUUUGCACGCUCCUUGUCCAGAGGGAGGUUUGAGGACUAAAUAUGACUCUUGAUAGACUGUGGCAUGCUGCAAAUUCACACGGACAGCAUCGUCUCAGGGCAGAGCAUCCUGGGGCACCCAGGUCCUCCAGGGGCCGUCCCUUAUUGUCUGUGCGUCGGAUGCACUGCAGUUGGGUGCCCAAUUUUCAAAGCAUCUCCACGCAAAGGAGGGAGCAGAGGAUCGGGGUGGGAGGACGGCGAUGCGCCUUCACGGUGAGGUGGAUUAGAAAAAGAUUUGCGUUUAUUUUCACGACAGCCUCGUUGCUGGGAUUGGAAGCUUAACUUCGAACCUGGCAGCGCUCAGCGACGAUGCUAAAGGCAUUUACAUUUCUAUACCUCUCCCCGAGGAAACCGGAGCCCUCAGCACCAGGCAGGUUUGGCCAAGGAAUGGGAUGAGGUGGCAGGGAGUGGGGCUGCCCCGCAUCCCCAGGCUGUGCUCCCCCCAGCGGUGCCACCACGACCCCCAUUGCUGCACCCAAACUUUGCCUGGCUCAGCUGCCUCCGCUGCAUUGACACGACUGCGGGCGCGUCGGUGUCUGCCAGCUCCUGAAUUUGAUGGCAAGGCUGAAUUUUUAUGUUCCCCCUCCACAUAUCCCCCUCCCACCCCCCUCUUUGAGCUUAUAUAACCUUGGGGAUUCUAUUAAUAUAAGUAAUGGUUUUGAACUCUGGGAACAACCAUCUCCAGCGAUGCCGCAACUUCUGGAUGCGGGCAGCUGUUGGGUGGCACAGAGAUAAAGGGCAGCGGCUCCAGGGGGGGAGGCAGAGGGAUAAACGGGGGCUUCCAACGAGGAGCCCGCCUCCAGGGAUUGGGCAGCACCCGGAGCAGGCUGUGAUUGUGCCUCGUUGUGUGCCAGGCAUCCGCCAGCCCGUGCUUUGGCUGACAGCCAUUUCCAAUGGGAAAUCGUGGGAAGAGCAUCCCGGCCCCACGGUGGUACCUUAAAGGGAUGCAAGGGGAGGGGAGUGGGGGGUGGUAAGGGAGAUAGUGAAGGAAUUUGGUAUAAAGAGCUCAGUGCCAAAAUUAGGAGCUGUUUCUCGGCCAUGGCAGGAGCUGGGCAGGGACCUGCAGCUUUUUGCCUGGCUGUGGGUUUAGGGGUUUUUUUUUGCUGUCGUUUGAUCCCUAAGAUGCCUGUGAGGUGUUUAAAGAGUUUAAGGUAACAUUUGAGAGGUCGAAUUUAGGACUGUAAGCAACAAAACUCAGGAGGGAACCUAAGCAAGGGUGCUCAGAGCUGCAAGAAACACCGCUCACUUUUCCUUUUGGGUGACCAUUGCAUUUGGGCUCCUCCAUAGUGUCUGUUUUGCUUUCUGCCUCGUGACGUGGGAUUACCAGCUGGUUCCAAAGAAACACUGAGAUCUCACUCAGCUGUCAGCUGAAGAGCAGCCAAGGCAUCGACGAUGACUGCCGAGAGCACCGAACCCAAUGGCCCCAUGCGGGAGCCGACGGUGGGGGGCACAAAGCCGUCAGCCCCCCCUGCCCCACCGCGGCGCCGAGGCCGAAGGCUGCGACGGAAGUCACUGCCAGAGGUGGCGGUGAAGGGACAGCUUCGCAUGCGCUCACCGUCGGGAGCCUUCGUCAUGGUGGGCAUCUCGGUGGUCUUGGUAGGCAUGACCAUUGCCGUGGUGGGCUACUGGCCCCACCGGGGGCAUGGAGGUGCUGGGGCUGGAGCGAGGAACGCCAGCACGGCUGGGGACAUGAGGAGGGAGGUGGUUGCUGGGCGUCCCGCGCCCCACAAUGAGAAGCUGAAGCUGAUCGGCCCUGUCAUCAUGGGCAUCGGGCUCUUCAUCUUCAUCUGUGCCAACACCAUGCUCUACGAGAACAGGGACAUGGAGACCCGCAUGCUGAUGCAGAAAGGCCUCUACUGCAUGGCCACGGAUCUCCCCAAGGAGACCAGCCCCAAGGAUGAGGACACCCGGCUGGUACCCAAAGCCAGCCCUGAGUGCUUGGAGGGCUGCUAUGAAGUGGACCUGUCGUUGAGCAGCAAGUGGGCUGAUGGCUUUGGCCCCAACAGGCUGCAGACCACAGCUGAGCUCAUGCAGUGCCCGGGGGCAUCACCAGCAGCCUCCCUCCUCAGCCUCCACUCGGAGGCAAACCUUGGGCUCUCGGCCACCGUCGGGGCCUUGGCGUUGCCCAUCAUCAAGCUCAACAACCGCUUGCUGGAUGCCGCCUCACGGGCGGCCAACGGGAUGACAGAGGGAGCCCAGCUCCCCGCCGAAGGCCCGGCGCCCUCCUGUGCCCUGCUGUCCCCCAGCGGCGGCAGCAUCGCAGCUCGGGGCCUGGAGAACCACGGCGGCCACGUCGUCAUCAACGUGGAGGACGGUGGCCCCAUGGUGCAUGCGGGCCCCGACGCUCAGCCCCACAACCCUGGCCACUCCAAGUCCCUGGACCUGGGCCGGCCGGGGGUGCUGCUGGUGGCUCCCAUCAAGGACCGUAAAAACCGGAGUUGGCCCCGGCUCGAUCACGUCAACGCGGUGGCUUAUGCCAAACUGGAGAACUGGGGGGAGUCCUUGGACCGGCUACUGGAGACCAACGGGACACCACACCAUGCUGAGCCCCGGCCCAGCUCCUGGGUGGUGGGCAUGGAGGGGGGCUCGCGGGUCUGACGGCCCCGGGGUUGAGGGUUUGAAGCAGACUUUUGAUGCUGAGAGAUCCCCGAGCCUGGGGAGGGCUCCCGGGUUGGGACCUUUGCUCCUCCUCGCCUGCCUCCUCUUCCUCACCACCUUCCCUGGGAUGCUCUCAGUCUUACAAAGCCCUUCUGCUGGCAGCCUUCCUGGAGGAGCCCUCACUUGUAGACCCGCGGUGGACCAUGGCAUGGGGUCGGGGUGAGCAAAGCACAGAUGGGUCCCUUUGCCCAACCCAAAGGGAAUCUUGCUUGAGCAGAGCCUGACAGGGCCAUUAAAUGUUACCUUGAUGCCA